AUACGUGCCUCUGUUUGCUCUUCACCGUGACCCACUAGUAAACGAUUCUAAUCGUCAGCAUGGGGACAUCAAGCUGAAACGUCUCUCCUCACAAUACACGCUACUUCACCUAAAUCAACCCUUUGAACUGUGAUCCCGAGAUCGUAAGCGCGAGGCUGAGUUGGAUGGUUCCCAAGGAUAGGCUGGAACUGACAUAGGUCCAAUGCAUGCGAGAUUUGGAUGGAGACUGGCUACAGCAUGAUGAUCGGACUGGAGCUACUUCCAAUCUUCUAGUUGAAAUGGUCAUUUCCGGCUUUCAAAUAACUUCUGAACGUAUGAAACAGGCCUGAACGGGAUCAUCUUCCACGUCCACUGUGGUCCUCUUUAUCAUCCCGACUGUAUGCCGCCCCAGGAUUUCUUUUCCCGGGGUACCGGGUUUGAUCAUUUCGGCAAUUGUGGUUAUUCUAAUGACACUUUUGAAGGUUUUCGUUACGUUUUACCAAACCCGUCUCCGCGCCGGUUUCACACUUCGCUCUCAAUACGUACAGCAGGUAUGGAUUGGAGCAUUAACCGUCGGAGCAUCUACAGUUUUUAUCUUCUUACUACGCAGACACUUUGUCUACUCCUGGCUGGCACAUACGUCUAGGCGAUGUCUCCAUAGAGGACAUCCAAUUGAACAUCUAGGCCCUAGAGAUUCAUCUCCUUUCUUCGCGUUCGAUGGCUCCACCAUUGGGUUUAUUACAUGGUACGCACCUGCUUUACUAUCUGUCGAAUUUUGGAUAUGCAUCGCUUCUCUCAUCAAUAAUCUCACGAAGCAUGCUGAACAAUUGCACACAACCCUUGCAGCAGCAUUUCAUCUCUUACGAGUCCCUCAUGUGUUUCUGCGCACCCUCGACUUCGGAACGAUCGUAGAAAGCAAGCCCAACACCGUCAUCAUCAGGAUCGUGUUGAUCUUGAAUGAUGUUUUGGAGGCUUACUGUAUUUUCAACCUGUUGACGGGCAUAAUAUUCAGUUCGCAUAUGACGCAUCUUUCCUUUUCGCUAACUCUUUCGCAAAUAUUAUUAGAAACCUUUCGGAAGAGGUGACGCAUGUUGCACGGUAAGUAAUGUGAUGAGGUUGAUGAGAAUCAAGUCAGAGAUAGAGUCAUGACUCGUUCAACUGAUCACUUGUUGCUACCACUUAGAAAUAUUGAAUUAAGUAUUCUCUGAUG